CAUACAUUUUCCCACACGUUGAUAUCACCCAUUGGUGGCAUCUUCGUGUACACAUAAAAUACAUUUCUGUCAAUGUUGAUACCGCAUAAACUACGUUUUUAAUAUUGUCAUUUAAUUGAUGAAUCAAGAUGCGAGAAUAUCGUGAUAUCUUCCAUCUCAAGUACACAUUAUUAGUCAUUUAUUUGGUGUUUACAACACAUAAUUAUGUUGAAGGUGGCGCAGUGCAACUCACGUCAACAAAUAUUGAGGAAACAUUAGCAUCAAAUGAGUUGGUAUUUAUAAAUUUUUAUGCUGAAUGGUGUCAUUUUAGUAAAAUUUUACAACCAAUAUUUGAUGAAGCUGCUGAUGAGAUAAGUAAAUUAUUUCCUGAGCCAAAUGUUGUUGUAAUGGGAAAAGUAAAUUGUGAAAAUGAAAAUACAGUUGCAUCAAGAUUUCACAUUACAAAAUAUCCAACUCUAAAAUUAUUUAGAAAUGGACAACCAUCGAGGAAAGAAUAUCGUGGAAGAAGAUCAUUAGAAGCUAUUGUAGAAUUUAUUAAAGAACAAUUGGAUGAUCCAAUUCAAGAAUUUGAUGAUCUAAAAAAACUUGUUGAUUUAGAUAAUAAAAAACGUAUUAUUAUUGGUUAUUUUAUUCGUAAAGAUGUACCUGAAUAUAAAAAUUUUAAACAAGUUGCUAUGAAUCUCAAGGAUGAUUGUCAAUUCCAUGUUGGUUUUGGUACAUGCUCUAACGAAACUUGUGAAAUUGGAAAGUAUAUUAAAAUACUUGAAGCGAGUCAAGCAAUGCAUCCACCAGAGCAACCAAUCAUUGUUUUCCGACCAGACAGAGUAGCAAGUGAAGGUGAUGAUGAAACAUUCAAAGGAAAUUUACAAAAUUUCGAUGAAUUAAAUAGUUGGAUACAGGGAAAAUGUGUACCACUUGUUAGAGAAAUAACAUUUGAAAAUGCUGAAGAAUUAACAGAAGAAGGUUUACCAUUUUUAAUUCUGUUUCAUUCACCAGAAGACACAUCAAGUGUCAAAGAUUACAAGGAAAUUAUUGCAAGAAGUUUGCCUGAUUUUACACAAAAAGUAACAUUCCUAACUGCUGAUGGUUCUAAAUUUGAACAUCCACUAUCACAUCUUGGUAAAAGUAAAAAAGAUCUUCCUCUAAUUGCAAUUGAUAGUUUUAAGCAUAUGUAUUUAUUUAAUGAUUUUAAAGAUAUAUAUGUUAGUGGUAAAUUAAAAGAAUUUAUUGAUGAUUUAUAUUCUGGUAAACUUCAUCGUGAGUAUCAUUAUGGUCCAGAUGAAAAAACAGAAAAAAUUGGUGAUAAAUCUGAAGAAAAAACACGAACUGAUCCACCAGAAUCUACAUUUAAAAAAUUAUCACCUAGCAAAAAUAGAUAUACACUGCUUAGGGAUGAACUUUAAAAUCAGCAAAGUGAUAAUUUAUAUUUAAAAAAACAAUAAUAUUUCCAUCUACCAAUGUUUUUUUAUUUUUGUGCAAAAUGACUUUUAGUCAAAAUGAUAUUUAUAUUAUUAAAUACCUUAAAAACAUUCAAAUCAACUAGAAAAUUUAAAGAAAAAAAAAAAAUUAUUAAACGAAAUAGUUAAGUUAUAGGUAAAAAAAAAAAAUCAUGAUAAAUUUUACUUAAUAUUUACCAAUACAUAAUUUUAAUUUCUAAUUAAAUAUACAUUUAUAAAAUUAAAUUUUACGUAACUAAAUCAACUUGCAGAAUUUUUAAUAUACAAAAAAAGAAAAUAAAUAUAUAAAAAUAAUAAAAUAAAAAUUUUUUAAACCAUAAUAAUUGUAAUUGUAUAAAAAAAAAAUGAUAUUAAUAUAAAGAAAAUAUUGCUCCAGUAAUGAUUAAUUUAUAACUGAUAAAAUUUGACUAUUAGGAUUUUUUUUUUUUUAAAUAUAUAUAUACAUUUUUUUGCAAAUUUACAUUUAUACAUUUUUAAAUUGUUGAAAAAAAUAAUAUCUCAUAGAAUAAUCAAAAAUGUAAUAAAAAUCAUCGAAUCAAGUGUUGUUAGAAUGAAAAAAAAAAAAUUAAAGAAAAGUUAUUUUUACAAGCUUCAGAAAAGAAUUUAAACGAGUGUAUUUUUUGUACAUAUACACACAUGCCUCGUUAAUUCAGAAUGAGAAUGAAAUUGUAUUUAAAUUAUUUGUUUUUUUUUUUUGAUAAUUAUUAUUGAUUAUUAAUAAAUCAUUUAAUAAUUAUUGGCACACGUAGUUUGUAGAAUUAAUUUUUAAAAAUUACCUCCAUGCUGUAAACGGCAAAAUGUCAUUAAUUAUAAUUGUUAAUGAAUUAUCAAUAUUUUCUCAAUCAAUAAAAUUUUUCAACAAUCA